AUGGUAUCUGAAGGUUCCUCUUCACCGAGCCAAUGGAAGCUGCGGAAUUUCGAAAUUCUUCUUGCAUUGAACCAAGUUUUUGGCUUUUCAAUGGUAAUUUUAUCAGGCUAUCUAUUCAAUACGAUGGGUUUCGGCUUGGAAUGGCCAAGCGAGGAAAGAAAAGGAAAUCCUCAAAACUUCCAUGCAUUCUUCAUGCUGCUCGGUCUUGUGUACUUUCAAGGAGAAGCUUUACUGUCCUAUCGUCUCUACCGCUACGAUAUCAAGCUUCUCUCAAAGUUGGUUCAUGUCCUCUUCCAUAUUUUAGCCAUAGGAUUUUUUGUUGUCGGGCUUAUAGUAGCAAUUCAACAAAAAAACAUUGAUGGCAAUAAAAACUUCAAAUCAGUUCACAGCUGGAUUGGGCUGGCUGCAAUGGCUCUGUACUUAGCGCAGUUCUUUUUCGGAUUUGUCAACUACUUGUUGCCUGGAGUCAGUUUAGAGGUCAAACAGAAAUUCAUGCCAGUCCACAGAACAGUUGGUUGUGUGAGCUUCCUUUUAUGCUGCAUUCAAACACUGAUUGGAUUCACACAAUAUUCCAUUUUUGCAGACAACAGCCCUGUUUCCAAUUUCGGAUGCUCGUUCUCUUUGAAGUGCAACUCUAAAUUGGAUUACAUUUUCAACUUCUCAGUCAUAUCGGUGGUUCUCUAUUGUAUUACCGUUCUGGUAUUGGUUGCUCCGCCUGCAUGGCAGAGAAAGAAAACAGCUGAUGAAAUGAAGUAA